AUGGCGCAACAGGAUGGGCCUAUUACCUCCAUCGCGGAGCCAGGCAUCAAAGCCCAAGGCCAUCUCUUGCAUGAGAUGCGCAGGGAGGUCGCAGGUCUUUUGAACAGAAAUCAAACAGGGUUUCCUGGCGCCCAGCCCGUGAGCUUCUCCCGACAGCAUCUCGAAGAACUUACACAGCACGACUAUUAUGUCGUCGAAAAGUCCGACGGUAUCAGAUACCUUCUUUAUUCGACAAACGAUGAGAAAGGCGACGAGGCGCACUACCUGAUCGAUCGCAAGAACGACUUUUGGUUCAUCACAAACAGGAACCUUCACUUUCCCCUCGAGAACUCCCCCCAAGAGUUCCACACAAACACGUUGAUCGAUGGCGAAUUAGUUUGGGACACUGGCUCCGACGGGAAGCGCGUCCCCAUGUUCCUUGUUUUCGAUUGCCUGGUGCUAGACGGUGCCCAGCUUAUGGAGCGAACACUCGACAAGCGCCUCGCAUACUUCGACCAGCGGUUCUAUCGUCCAUACAAGAAGUUAUACCAGGAAUACCCUACUGAACUGCAGUUCCAACCAUUCUAUGUCGAGAUGAAGAAGCCCCAAGUUGCCUACGCCAUCGACAUGAUGUUCAGAGACAUUCUGCCAAAGCUGAAACAUGGCAACGACGGGCUUAUUUUCACCUGUCGCACCACGCCCUACAAACAUGGCACCGACACCCACAUCCUGAAGUGGAAGCCCCCAGAGGAGAACACUCUUGACUGUCGUCUACGCCUGUCCUUCCCAGAAGCGAAGCCUACAGAAUCGGAACAUAUGGAGGGUAUCACGGAGCCAUUCAUCGAUUACGACAGCAUCCCGAAAGCCGAGCUGUAUGUAUUCAAAGGGAACGAUGGCCCUGAAAAAUACGAGUACUUUCACGAUGCCCAUAUUACCGAGGAGGAAUGGGAGACCCUCAAAUCUCUUAAUGACCCCCUGGAUUGGCGCAUUGUUGAAUGCAACAUCGACGAGCAAGGACGAUGGCGCAUUGUUCGUUUCCGUGACGAUAAGAAUGAGGCGAACCAUAUCAGUACCACUAAAAGUGUCCUUCAGAGCAUCGAGGAUAGAGUCUCAGAGAAAGACCUGUACAGAGCAGCAGGUGACAUCAAGAGCGCGUGGAAGGCUCGGGCUAGCAGGGGCUCUAAAUAG